AUGAAAAGGACACUCGUUGAUAAUGGGAGUUCGACCAACAUUCUCUUCAUGGAUGCUUACAAAGGAUUAGGGCUGGAUGAGAAUGCACUGACGCGAAAAUCCACACCACUGGUAGGAUUUAGCGGUGAAGUAAAGCAGACCAUAGGAGAAGUGACGCUGCCUGUGUAUGCAGGAGGAAUUAACCGACAGACAAAGUUUCUGAUACUAGAUUGUGCUACUGCGUACAACGCAAUUAUGGGACGUCCUGGAUUCAUGACAUGGGGGCAGUGCCAUCGACACUCCAUCAAACCAUAA